AUGCAGCAGGCCGGUGUGCUCGCGAAUCUGGAGGAGAAGUACCCCGGCGCGCGGUCGAUGAAGCGCAAGUGGAUCUUACACGUCGGGCCGACCAACAGCGGCAAGACGUACCAAGCGCUCAAGCGGCUGCAGGAGGCGGAGUCCGGUAUCUACGCUGGUCCGCUGCGGUUACUCGCGCGGGAGAUCUACGACCGCAUGACUGCGAACGGAAUCGCGUGCGACCUCGUCACGGGCGAGGACGUGAUCCGGACGGAGGACGCGGAGGGCCGGGCGGCGCGGAAGACGUCGUCGACGGUCGAGAUGGUGAAUCUCGAUCGGAAGUUUGACGUGGCGGUUAUUGACGAGAUCCAGAUGAUUGCGGACCCGUUCCGGGGCUGGGCGUGGACGAACGCGUUGCUGGGCGUGCGGGCGAAGGAGUUGCAUUUAUGUGGAGAGGAGCGCACGGUCGAGCUCUUGAAGACGCUGGCGAGGAGCUUGGGCGAGGAGGUGGUGGUCAAUCGGUAUAAGCGGCUGAGUCCGCUCGAGGUCGAGCAGAAGUCGCUGCAGGGCAAGCUGCAGAAGAUCCGUCGGGGCGACGCGUUGAUUGCGUUCAGUCGGCGAGUGAUUUUCCUCAUGCGACGCAGGAUCGAGCAGGCGACGGGGUUGAAGUGCGCAGUCAUCUACGGCGGUCUGCCGCCGGAGACGCGCGCGCGCCAGGCCCAGCUAUUCAACGACCCAAAGUCCGGGGUCGACGUGCUUGUUGCGUCGGACGCGGUGGGCAUGGGGUUGAAUCUGUCGGUGAAGCGGAUCGUGUUUGAGUCGCUGACGAAGUUCGACGGCCUGGAGGACAAGCUGCUUGACCACAACCUGCUGAAGCAGAUCGCCGGGCGGGCGGGCCGGUUCCGGACGGCGACCGAGGGCACGAACGUGAAGGACGACGCCGAACGGCUCGGGCUGGUGACGACGCUCGAGCAGGAUGAUUUCAAGUACAUGCAGAAGGCGAUGCAGAGCCAGCCGGCGCUGAUCCGGUCGGCGGGCGUGCUGCCGCAGACCGCGACGGUGAAGGAGGUCGCGCGCACGUUUCCCGCGUCAACACCGUUUUCCGAGAUCCUGGCGCAGUUCUACCACGAGGCGGUGUCGAUGGACCGGUACACGCUGUGCUCGCUGCAUCCGCAGCAGGACGUGGCGCAGAUGAUUGAGUCCGUGAGCGGGCUGACGAUGAACGAGCGGGUGACGCUGCUGACGGUGCCGGUGAGCAUACGGAUGAGGAACGCGGCGAAGGUGAUGGCUUUUUUCGCGAAUGCGAUUGCGAACGGCACGCCGAUUUCGCUGGUGGAUAUGCCGUAUUUCGAGCUGGAUACGAUUGUGUACGCGGACGUGACGAAGACGAAGACGUUGCCGGAGCUCGAGCUUAUGAAUAUGUUGACGACCGUCUAUCUCUGGCUGUCGUAUGUAUUCUCUAUUCUACUUUCUACUCGACUACGGCUACUAACUUGUGCUUUAUAG